AUGUCGGCCGAAAUCGUCUCUCACGAUCCCAACGCCCACGACGACGAGCACAAUGAGCUCGAGAACGGCAACGGCGCCGCCGAGCCCCGUGGCACCAAGCGCGCGCGCACCAGCAACGCUGCCGACGACGACGAUGACGACGAGGACAAGCCCGGUCGCGAGAGGCGCAAGAUCGAGAUCAAGUUCAUCCAGGAUAAGUCGCGUCGUCACAUCACCUUCUCCAAGCGCAAGGCAGGCAUCAUGAAGAAGGCCUACGAACUGUCCGUCCUGACCGGCACUCAAGUGCUGCUGCUCGUUGUGUCUGAGACGGGUCUCGUCUACACCUUCACUACCCCGAAGCUCCAGCCGCUCGUCACCAAGCCGGAAGGCAAGAACCUCAUCCAGGCCUGCCUCAACGCACCCGAGCCUGCCGAUGCGAACGGCGUCGAUGGAGAGUCUGCUGUCGAGUCGCCAGAGGAGUCACAUGCUUCCGCGCCGCCCAUGCCGCAGGGCAUGCCGCAGGCCAACAUGCCCCGCAACUCCAACCCACAACCCUACAUGAGUGCGCACGAUCAGCAGGCAAUGCAGUACCAAGCGUAUCUGCAGCAACAGCAGCAGGGCGCGUACCCCGGCAUGGCACCUUCGGGGGGUAUGCACCAGCAGCGCUAG